UCAGACAGCAACAGGAACUGUCUCUUUACAGGACAUUCCUCCAGACCUUAGGAAAGCAGCCUGAACCAGCCUUCAUAACCACAGACACAAUGGCAGAUGCAAGCUUUCAGCAGAAGUUCCUGGAAGCCCAUAAUGCCUACAGAGCGAAGCACAACACACCACCGUUGACUCUUAGCAGUGAGUUGACAGCUUCAGCUCAGAAAUGGGCCGAUCACCUGCUGUCAAUCAAAACCCUGCAGCACAGUGACACUAAGGACGGAGAGAACGUCUACGCUAAGUCCAGCUCAGCAACCAUUAACCCAACAGGGGCAGAAGCUGUAGAUUCAUGGUACAGUGAGAUCAAGGAUUACAACUUUGAGAAACCUGGAUUCCUCAGUGGGACUGGUCAUUUUACUCAGGUGGUUUGGAAAGACAGCACUGAACUGGGUGUGGGUAUGGCCACUAAUGGCAACAUGAUCUUUGUGGUUGGGCAGUACCGGCCAGCUGGCAACAUGAACAUGCCGGGAUACUUUGAGAAAAACGUCCUCCCCCUAGCGUAAAGGCUGUGCAUUUUACAUGUGGCAGAGAGCUGGGUGGAGUGAGAAGAGGAAUUCCUGCACACUGCUGUAAAUAACCUGGACCAUCCCUGCAACCCUCAACACACGACUGAUUAAUAGUCCAUGUUGAGUCAGAAUAAUUUUAAUUGUACUGAGGUUCAAUAUGAAGAUUGUAAAUCAAUGUGGUUCUGGCUUUUUCAGUUUAUAUAUGUGUUACUGAAUAUAAAAGAAAAUCUAACCCAUAACAUAAAGGACUCAAUUGAAAAUAAUGAUGAAAUGUUGCUCUUAGAAUUAAGAAUAAAUGCCUUGCAUAAAA